AUGUUUUAAGCCAAGGAAAUAGAGAAGCUUACUUAAACUUCACAAAACCAGUCAGAAAGCGUUAAGCCUCAAUAGUCAGCUAAUAUCUCCUAGAAUCGAAGCAACUGUGGAAUGUUUAAGCUAGUAAGUGGAAAGAUAAGCGGUAAAAAUGUAAUAGCUCUAAACCAAGCCAAAGCUUCAGUCCCCUAAACAGCAAACUAAGACUCGUAAAUACAAAGUAUUCAUAAAUUAAAAGAAAAUUUAUAAACUUUCGCGGAAUAAUAAUAAAAAAUCCGACUUUCUUAAGAUAAUCUCUCAGCCAUCUAAAUCUAAGAGUAAAAUAAGAACCAAGGAGAGUUAUCUCAAAUACUGCUCAAGUCUUAAAAGACGCUUCAGGCUUAAGAGUAAAUGCAAUCAAAUAAUUUGCAAUCCAUAUCUCAAAUUAUCUCUAGCUAAAGACAAUCUUAGCCAUCUCAACUAUUUAUUGUUGAAAAGAGAGAUCAAUUAGAAUCUUAAAACUUGUCUACUCAACAAAGAUAUGAUAGCCAGAUGAAUUGUUAAGAGUAAGUACUUUCAGAAAUGGGUCCAUAGAGCAGGGCGGAAAAAAGUUUGGGAGAGAUCUGUCUUAAAUUUUUAAAUUAAUUUGGCGCCAAAAAUCAAGAUAACUAAGUCAACCUCGAGAGCUGUGUGGAGAUCUUGGGCAUCGAAAGGAGAAGGAUUUAUGACAUUGUGAAUAUACUAGAGAGUUUUGAUAUGAUCAAGAGACUGCAGAAGAAUUUAUACAGUCUCUCCCCUCCUGACACUAUUAAAAAGCGAAUUGAGACGCUUGAAGCGAAAGCCUUGACUAUGGUCAACUUUGGUGAUGAUCUGACAUUAUCAAGUAUUGAUAAAUCUCAAUGCAAUUUAGCAAUACAAAGCUCUUAAUAAUGCUCCCUUAGCUGCAUUGAGCAAGAAACAAGUUAGAACUUGAUAUCAAUAAAAACUAAAAGACACAAGUCUUUGGGAGUCCUCACUCUGAUUUUUAUCUAAUUGUUCCUUAGAAAGGGCCCUCUAAUGUCACUUGAAGAGGCAUCUGAGAGUAUUUUUGAAGAAACUGAAGAUGGGCAUUAGCUAUUUAAAUCUAAGGUACCUUAAAUUUUGUUUAAACUUAUUGAAAAGAGCAGGAGACUUUACGACAUAGCAAACGUACUUAAAUCACUCGGAAUCAUCAAGAAACAGAAAGAUGGUAAAAACAAAAACGUCUUUCAGUGGAUUGGGUCAGCAGGUUUCACUCUAGAAAUGUAUUCUUAAAAGAAUGAGCUAUCUUAUGCAAUCAACAAGCCGAUUUACACUAGGGAAUAUCCAUCAAAGACACAAUAAAAUCAGUAGACUGCUAAAAGCUCUGUCCAGCAGACAAUUCUAAGGCAAGGAGAUACAUCAUUUAUUAAAAUUAGGGAUAACUAAACUGAAAAAAACAACUCAUCUCACUCUUAAAUUUGUCUCUCAAGUUCAAAAUCAAGCACAUCUGAAAUUCUGAAUACAUAACUGAUUGAUUUAAAUGAACCUAACAUUUUGAAGAAACGACAGUUCAGUGAAACUUAGGACAUAAGAAAUGAUCGUUUCAACUUACUAUUAAAUGCAAUAAAGAGACCUAAUGUUCUACAGACUACUUAGAGAGCUACUAUAAUUUGUCCAAAGCCAGUCUACAAGCAUCUCUAAUGA